ACAUUAUCCCCCAUUGACAUCCAUUGUAUGAGCACAAAACCACUGAGACAUUUCUCUAAAUAUUAUAUAUAGGUCAUAUACAGGUUAUGAGAGACAUGAGUGAAUAUUAUUGAUAGAUUUUUAUUUUUGAGAUCUCUUUAAAUACACACAUACAAAAAUGCCAUUGCAGGUGCUGAAGUGUCAGCAAAAUCCACAAGAGGUCACAAGAGGACAGUUUGUUAAAGUACUCACUGUUUGCAAUGAAUUCCCUUAACUAUUUUGAUAAUGUACCUGUGGUAUUAUUAACUUGAACUUUGUGAUUUCUUCAUAAUUCUAUGUUUUGAUUCUUGUUUUAACACAAACUCUUGUAACCUGUAAUACUGUAUCCUGCUGUUCAGCACUACCAGAGUUCACAGAUAAUAGUCGGAAGACUGCAUUCAGGUCACUCCUUUAUUGUGUUAAUAAUCAUUAACGUUUUUCUGUCUGGAACCUCCUUGAUUCUGGGAAGUACUUUGUUCGAGAUUGUAAACAAAGUUGGAAGAAAACCACCAAAAAAAAUGUUUAAUUCUCAGAAAGACUGCGUAAACCCAUCCAUUCUUUGAACCCUGCAGGAUUUGGGAGGGCCUAUCCCAGCAUCUCAGAUUCACCUUACAUACAUAUGCCCAUUGAAUGCUUUAACUUGGGCGAAAAAAUCUAAUAAUAAUUGUAUGCACACUCGUAUCCAAAUCCAUAUUACAUUUUUUUCCUCUGAAAUACAAAAUAGUUCAAAAAAUGUAUAUAGUUUAUUCAUUAUGUCAUUCCAAGCCUGUAUGACUUUCUUUCAAAAGUCAUACAAAACAUCUUUUGUGUUCCACAGAAGAAACAGUCAUAUACAGAUUUUGAAUGACAUAACAGAAUUUUUAUUUUAAGGUGCACUAUCCCUUCAAGCAUCCAUUCCCCUUUAUUGUUUGGCUAAAAGGGGGUACAUUCUGCAAAACAUGAUGCAGACCUGAGUAAAUUUGACAAAUCUUUCGUGUCGUCUGUGUUUUGCCAAUUCAGCUUCCUGUUUUUGUCUUUAACCUCAUCUGCAAUCUGCGAGCGUUUCAAUCAUUUUCAAAUAUCCCCCAUAAAUUCAACUUUCCGCUGAGGUUGGCUUGGCAAGUGGACAAUGGCCUGCAGGAAAGCCCCUGACUUUCUUUAUGGUCUCUCUUCACACUCUACUAGACACGACUGAGGCACGAGCGUCAUCGCCAGCCCGGGAUCAAACGUGCUGCCGGCCCCUGGACUUCUGGGAGUGUUUGUUAUUCAUUCCUGCGCGGAGGAUGACGGGUCACCAUUGUUGUUCCUCCGAUUCUAGCGAUAGUCUCUGCAGGAAACAAUGUCAAAUAGGUUGUUUUGAUCAUGUGUGUUUACGUAUCUGAUGUGAUCCAGGAAGUUUCUGCUUUUGUCGUUUGCAGUAACAUUGUUUCUCUUGGCAUCCAUUGGAUGAAAUGAUUCCCAAAUGACAGCAGAUACAAAGUUCAUUUACAUUAAAACACGAGAGAACUUCAUUCUAGAGAACAACUCAUGGUGACUGCUGAUGGAGACAAUAUGAUCUUGUUAUUUUUUAGAGAUGUGAUAUUAAUAUUCAUUGAACAGAUAUGGGUCAACUGAGAGCAACCAAAGGAGAAGCUCUGGUUUGUUUAUCUCUGGAGAUCUCCGUAAGGCCAGAAUGCAUCAAGUAUAACCUCUGGAGCUUUCCUGGGGAGGACCCGGAAAGAGCCGAGCAGCGGGAAGUGUGUCCUCACGUUUAUAAAUACAGCUACCGCCCCACGUUCUGCUAGAAUUGUUGACAUGCCAUCAACCGCACAAGUGUGACGGUCACCGCAGAAUAUUUUCAUAAACCCCUGACCAUUGUCAUAAUAAACACACAGUAGUUUCUGGGGUUUCCGAGUCGUUUUUUCACUCAGCGUUGGACUGCAGACAUGUACAACAGCUACUCCAGAUCGACGUUUGGUCUGGAGGCCAAACAGAAGCACAAAGGCAAAAGUUGUGGCUACUACAUGAGGAUUGUGUUUUUCUUCUCUUCUCUGAUCCAGUCUCUCAUCAUCGCCAGUCUGGUGCUGUUUCUUGUUUACGGCCAGCCGGAGAAGACGGCGGAGGAGAAGAGAGUAGAAGAGCUGGAACUGGCCUUCAACAAACUGUCCGCAGACAACACCAAACUCAGAAAAGAGAAAGCUGACCUCGCCGGGGCCCUCAAAGCAAAGACAGGAGAAAAAGACGCAGCGGACAAAGAAAUAGCAAAACUUAGAAAUGACCUGAACACGUCGACAAAUAACAUCAAAACUGUGCAGAAGAACCUUGCUCAAUGUGAGCUGAAUAAAAUGAAACUUGCAACUACUCGUAAUACUCCAGUCAUAUGUCCACCCAGCAAUCCUCAAAGUGGUGAUUUACGGAACAUGCAAAAUCUUCUGGAUCAACAGAAAGCUCUUCAUAUAAUCCUUCAAAGCAACUUCAGUCAGACGGUGCAGUACCUUAGAGCAGAACUGGACAACGCAGUGCGGGACAAAAACGACCACCACGGCACAGUCAUCAAACUGAGACAGGAAAACCUCGAACUAAAAUCCCAGCUCGAUGUCUACACCAAAAAAUGCAAAGAAGACUUCGCCGAGUCCCUCCAAGGCAUCCAGACGGUCACGAGCGCCUUCCUCACCAAGAUCGACAACUUCUUCCCCCACUCGCUCACGUUUCACCUCACCUGCCAGAAACAGCACGAACAGAUCGAGAGAAUUCGUUCUAACUGCACCAGCCUCUCCCGGCAGGUGGAGGACAAGUUUCAGAGCUACCUCGACAGGGUGGGUGAGAAGGUCUCGGCCAUUCAGACCCAGAGCAGCCGAAUGGAGGUACAGAACGCGCGUCUGGUCACGGAACUGAGCGCGUGCGCGGCGGGUCGAAAGGAAGACGCGGCGGAGAGCAGCAAACGUUUGCAAGACGCCCAGCAGACGUUUGAUAAACAACUGGAGCAGCUGCUCAGAGAGCAAACCAGACUGAGAGAGUCCAAAGAUCUGCUGGACGCACAGCUGACUGUGAAGGACGCCACCAUUAUAACACUGCAAAAGGGAUGCGUACAACAGCCCAGACCUGUUGGUCUUCAAGCUCCUAGUUCAGCUGGCCUGCCGCCCUCCGCACCGUCUAGAGGUCACUAAAUGUUGAAGGGUGGGUGUGGAGAAGCGAAUGAUCUGAAACUCCAGUCCAGACUUUGGACCAUCUUUGAAUCUCAUGCACUUGACUUUCCUGAUUUUGAGCCUUUGAUGUCUACUGUAAAUAAUGUCACUGAAAUGUUUUGUUCAUUGUAUAGUUAUAUUUAAGUGUCAUGAGCUGUGAAGUACUAUAUUUGGCUGUUUGGGUUUGAGUUGAGCACAGCUAGGAACCUGAGCCUCAUGAUACAAUGUUAAAAUGACAGUUCACCCAAAAAUGAAAAUUCUGUCAUCAUUUACUCACCUUCGAGUUGUUCCAAAUCUGUAUAAAUCUCUUUGUUCUGAUGAACACAGAGAAAGAUAUUUGUAAGAAUGCUUAUAACUAAACAGAUGUUGCCCCCAAUUGACUCCCAUAGUAGGAAAAAUUACUUUGUUCUGUUGAACACAAAAGAUAUUUUGAAGAAUGUAGGACAGCAAACAGUUCUGGGGCACUUAUGUCUACCAUUGUUUUUUUCCUACUAUGGGAGUCAAUGGGGGGCCAAAUCUGUCUGGUUACAAGCAUUCUUCCAAAUAUCUUUCCCUGUGUCCAUCACAACAAAGAGAUUUAUAUAGAUUUGGAACAACUCGAAGGUGAGUAAAUGAUGACAGAAUCUUCCUUUCAAGUAGUCGAUCUGAUAAUAUUCUUUACGAAUUUAAAAUUGUUAAAGCAAUUACAUGUUUAAACCAUUUGUAGAUUGUCCUGAUGUUUUUUUUUAAUCAUUUGACUGUUUACUUGUUCAUAUGUUGAUCUGUGUCUUGAAAUAAAUAUGAAA